UUUUAAUUGGUCAUAGUGUGUUUACGGCAACGACGGACGGGACGGCUUGUGAGAGGAGUGAAAUAGUAAUUUGUUUGCGGCGUUUUGUAAUUUCGCGAUUUUUAUGUGCCCAUGAAAGACGUUUGAAGGAAAGCCUGACUAAUACAUUUUCUGCUCGCCUCUUCAAAAAAUGGAAGGCAAUGGAGAGCAGCAGCCCGCUGCGAAUGCAGAAGCUGCGCCUCCGAACGAGCAAGAACACACCGAGGAGGGCAUUGAAGAAUCUGAAGAGUACAAUUUUGAGGGAGAAGAAUACAGGCAUUUCAUGCCCCGGGGCCGAGGAGGUUUCCGGGGCAGGGGUCGAGGUGGUUUUGACUUUUCCAUGCGAGGAGGCCCUCCAAGGUUUAGAGGUCGAGGUUUUGGGCCCCGCGGACCGAUGUUUCGUGGUCCAAACAACGGCUUUCCAUUCGAAGGUCCACCGCGUCCAAAUUGUCCGCCAGGUCAAGCCGGUCCCCGUUUCCGAGGACCACCGCCUUUUGACCCAAGCUGGGGUCCAAUGGGACCACCAAACAUGAUGGGACCUCCAAAUUUAAUGGGCCCACCAGGAAUGCCUCCACCCCACAUGAUGAAUGGUCCAAUGGGAGCAGGAUCAGGUCCUUUUGGCCCUCCUCCAGGAAUGGUACCACCAACUAUGAACAACCAGAUUCCUGGGCAGCAACAACAGCCACAGCCUGCACAACAGGCAAACAUUCCAGGAUUAGACCUAAACGGUGAAGUGUGGGUUGAAACGAAAACUACUGAUGGAAAGUCUUAUUAUUACAAUAUCAGAACAAGAGAAACGACCUGGACUAAGCCCGAGGGACCAAACGUUAAAGUCAUGGGCCAGGAUCAGUUAGAGCAGUUAGUUCAUGGUGCCGCGAAACAGACGACUGCAACGUCGCCUUCUGCGACACCAGCCACAACACAGCCCCAAGCAAAUGAAACGAGAGCUUCUCCUGCAAACGAAGUUCCAGCGACUAAUAAUGCAGAAGCAAUGAAUCAAUUAAGCACUGCUCCGCCAGGAACUGGGCCACCACCUUCCCUUAAUGAAACUCCGGAAAGCAGUACACCGCCAGAGGUCUCCCAAGCAAAUGGCACUGCAGUGACUGUGUCUGCUGCACCUGUUGUGACUACUCCGGCAGUAAACACAAAUAUUAUGCAACCACCGCCGGGUAUGGUGCCUAUGCAACAUAGAAUGCCGAACCAAUUUGGUGGCCCGAUUGCUGCACCUUUUGGCGCAGCUCCCUUUGGAAUGCCACCUCCUGGAUUCCAGCCUUUCGGAGGAUAUGGACCACCACAGACUGGCUGGGGUAUGCCUCAAAUGCCUCACGGUGUCAUGACGUCUCAAGUCCCAACCGAAGAUCCUUCAAUUAUAGCUCAGAUCGAUCCUGAAUUAGUGGCAGCUGCCAUGCUUUGGACUGAACAUCGAGCUCCUGAUGGCAGACUUUAUUAUUAUAAUAGUAAAGCUGGAGAAUCCGUCUGGGAAAAGCCACAGGCUCUGAAAGACUUCGAAAAUGCCAAAGCCAAUGUGAGACAAAAAGCCGACGAAGCCGUAGGAUCAUCUGCAACCAGCACUACCUCUACUACGACGAGUACUAGCAACGCCAACGCAAUGGAUUCAACAAAUCAAGAAGCUAAUGCCGAAAGCUCAGAUGCCAAAGAAAAUGCCAAGGACUCGGAAGGUAAUAAAGGGAAGAAGGAAGAAGCUCCCAAAGAAGUCAAACCUCAAGACAAGUCAAGACCUAUUUCUAGUACUCCUGUUCCUGGAACUCCUUGGUGUGUUGUUUGGACUGGCGAUGGCCGUGUUUUCUUCUACAAUCCCUCUUCAAGAAUAUCAGUUUGGGAAAAACCGGAGGAUCUUGUUGGUCGCGCUGAUGUUGAAAAAAUGGUUUCGAAUGUACCGGAAGCUCUUGGGUCUAUAAAAAAAGCGAGAGAGUCGGAAUCGAGUGAAAGUAGCGAUGAAGAUCAGCCGCCACCUGUUAAAAAAAUUAAGCAGGAAGAACCUAAAGCUGUAGUCGUCAAAGAAGAGGAGGAGAAGGAAGGGAAAAAGACGAUCGACAUCGGGAAGGAAGCAGCCAUUGAAGCGGAGGUGAGAGCAGCCAGAGAAAGAGCAAUUGUCCCCUUGGAAACGAGAAUCAAAUCCUUCAAGGACAUGCUAGCUGAAAAAGAUGUAUCCGCGUUCAGCACCUGGGAAAAGGAGUUGCACAAAAUAGUCUUCGACCCUCGAUAUCUGCUCUUAACUUCGAAGGAGAGGAAGCAAGUUUUCGAGAAAUACGUGAAAGAAAGGGCUGAGGAAGAGCGCCGGGAGAAGAGGAACAAAAUGAAGGAAAGGAAGGACCAGUUUCAAAAGCUUCUUGAAGAGGCCAUUCUGCAUGGAAAAUCAUCCUUCAGUGAUUUUGCACAAAAGCACGGACGCGACGACAGGUUUAAAAACGUAGAAAAGAUGCGGGAACGCGAGAGUCUUUUCAACGAGUAUCUUCUCGAAGUUCGAAAGCGAGAAAAGGAAGAAAAGACGGCCAAGCGAGAACAGGUUAAAAAGGAUUUCAUAUCGCUGCUAAAAGAGCACAAAGACAUUGACAGACAUUCUCAUUGGAGUGAUUGUAAGAAGAAAUUGGAGACGGAUUGGAGAUACAGGUGCGUAGAAUCCGCUAGUGCUCGCGAGGAUUGGUUUAGGGACUACAUUCGCAGUUUGAAGGAGGAGAGGAAAAAGGAGAAGGAUAAGGACAAAGAUCAUCGGCAUAGAGACAAAGAUCACCACAAAUCUGAGAAGAGGGAUAGAGAGAGGAAGGAUGACAGACAUAAAGACAAGUCUUCAAAAGACAAAAAUGACAAGGACGCACCUAAAGAAAAGAAACAAAAAAAGGAAACUACUAGUAGUGAAGAAAAUGGCAAGGAAAAAAUCGAGGUUUCUGUGGAGAAAGAAGUCGGGGAGAUUGAUGACAAUGAAGAGAAAAUGUCACGAAAGGAAAUCGAGAAGGAGGAAAUGGAAGGAUAUUCCGACUCUGAGGAAGAUCGUGAGAAACAGAAAAGGGAAAGAGAAAGAAGAGCAGAAGCAAGUCUUCGGGAAAGAGAAAGAGAAGUGCAAAGAACUUUAGCCACACAUCUCAGGGAUCGAGAUAAGGAGAGACAACAUCAUCGACACACCGAAGCUGUUCAACAUUUUAGCGCUCUUCUUGCCGAUUUGGUUCGAAAUGGAGACCUAGCGUGGCGGGAAGCAAAACGGCAAUUAAGAAAGGACCACCGAUGGGAGCUCGCUGAGAGUUUAGAUCGCGAGGAAAAGGAGCGGUUGUUCAUCGAACACAUUGAACAGCUCGGUCGAAAGAAACGAGACAAAUUCCGGGAGCUUCUCGAUGAAAUCUGGACGUCUUCGGAAUUCCCCGUGUCAUCGGAACUCACAGCUUCUUGGAAAGAUGUUAAAAAACUACUUAAGGACGACCCAAGAUAUGUAAAAUUCUCCUCGAGUGAUCGGAAAUGCGAAAAGGAAUUUAAAGAAUAUAUCAAAGACAAACUUGUAGCAGCCAAGGCUGACUUUCGAGAGCUUUUGCAGGAAACGAAGUUAAUUACGGAUAAGACGCACAAAAAGGUACAGGAGAAUCGGUCGUAUUUAACAGAAAUUGAAGAAAUCCUGAGGAAGGAUAAAAGAUUCCUCGUACUGGAGGCUGCAUCUUCUGAACGUUCCCGCCUUCUGAUGGGUUAUCUUGAAGAAUUAGAACGCCGAGGUCCUCCUCCUCCACCCACGGCAUCUGAACCCUCGAGGAGGCCUACAGCCAAUUAAACCAUUGAUGAAGAAGAGGAUCUCUUGGAAGAUAUUAAAGAUUCAAUAAAACAAGACCCAAGUUCUGCAAACAAGCUUCGUGAUCCACUGACAUCAUGGUUUCAAUCGCACCGUCGAACACCCUCCAAGAAACGUAUUCCUAAGGUAAUCGCAAGAUAUUCCCCAACAAGAAUGUCACCUCUUUCCAAUUCAAGAUGGGACUCGCCAUUAGAUAGAUUUUUUUCAAUUUUCUUACUUUGUCGAAUCAAGGUGACACGGGCACAAGUUUAACAAUUUGACGCCUAAAGCCCAUCAGUUCUGAAUUUUCAAAUGAAUUUCAAAUUUAAUUAAUUAUUUGCUGUAGUUUGGGUUCAGUUUCACCCAGUAAAAUAAUAUAUUUUAUUAUUACUCGGUUAUUUCUUCUGUAAUGUUUUUAACUAAUUGUCUUUCUCGAAAUGCUUUUUCUACUUAAUAUUCAAAUUUACAUGCUUUUGUUUGUAGUUUACUGCUGAAUUAAUUUAAUUUCAAACGGUAUUCAAUUUUACAGAAAGAUUUUUCGAUAUUAAGCUUAUUCUUGAAUAGACUUGGGCUUUAUCGAGUAAAAUUAUUAAUUAGUAUUGAUAAAGUUGCCAGGUUCUUUCUGCAUCGAGAGAGUUGUUAUAAACCAAAGAAAUCGGGUUCACAAAGCAAAAUUCGAAAUACAGUGUUCGAAACUCACUCUCUUUCGUUUGGAGUUUAUCAUUUUAGAUAAAUCUAUAAUAUUUAAGAUGUAUGAAUUAAACAAUGCAUUGAAUCAAAUUUAAACGUGUCGUGUAUAUAUAAGUUAUAGCAAGACGAAACAUUUGUAUGUGAAAUGAUUUAGUUACAGAAAGUGAUGAAUACAUAAAUUUGUUGAAACA